UGGCGACUGUUUUAAUGCCUUUAUCCACAAGUUCAGAAAUUGCGAGGAUAUGAAGUGAACGGCAAUGGCUUCAGUAGCUUCAUCUUCAUCGUUUUUCCCUGCCCUCACACGAUCGUAUUUUCCUCCAUGGGGUAACGGAAACAAAACAGCGAGGUCCAAUUUUCUGAGGAUCGUCACUCGCUCUUGUCUUGAUGAUAGUUCCUCUCUGUCUCAAGCAGCGCAAUACACUGUGGAUACAUACGUAAAGAGUGGCAUGGUCAUAGGAUUGGGGUCUGGUCAGGCUUCUGGUUUGGCCAUUAGGCAUUUGGGCCAGCAACUUCGUACUGGUGCUUUAAAGAAUGUAGUAGGGAUCCCUAUGUCUGUCACAAGUGCAAGCGAGGCGGCGAAGGCAGGAAUUCCACUGGAUAGCUACCAAGAGGGUUCUCAAAUUAAUUUUGCAUUUGAUGAUGCUGAUGUUAUAGAAGAAGGAUCACUUAUUGCGAUCAUCGGACGCCGGAAAUUGCAUGGUGAGGAAUCCAUACUAGAAAAGAAGUCCAUACUAAAUGCUGCCAAUAAACUUGUAUUUAUUAUUGAGGAAAACCAGUACAAAGGUGGUUUGGAAGGUUCUAUUCCUGUUCUAGUUCAGUCUUUAAACUGGUUGGAAACAGCUGAAGCGAUUGAUGAUAUGUUUUUGGGCGAUGCUGAGGUCUGGAGAAGACCAUCUAUAGGGCAAGCUGGUCCCCUAGGAGGUGACUUCCCACUAGUCACCAAAGAGGGACAUAAUUUGCUCGAUGUUAUUUUUACAUCUCCAAUUGAAAGCCUUGCUGAAGUGGCAGAAAACCUCAAUACAAUUAAAGGUGUUGCAGGGCAUGGAGUCAUUUCAAAAUUUCCAUGCUCAGUGGUAAUUGCUUCCCAGAAUGGGCUUAAUGUUGUGGACAAAUUGACAGAAAAGGUAGUGGGAUAAGAAUUUGAAUCUCAAAGUGAUAAUUUAUGGCGAUGCUUUACUUUUCACCUAAAGUGUCUUUAGAUGAUCAAAUGAGGUAGUGCUUUAGUUAUCAUAUUAUGUGGUGCAGUUUUGUGGCGGUCCAUUUGUUUCUCAUCUUUUUCCCCUUUAUUUGUUUCUUGUGAUCUUGUCUACCUCGGCAUGUGUUUCACAAAAAAAAAAAUAAUAAUAAUAAUAAUUAGCCAAUA